GAUAACAAUAAAAUAUCGCUAUAGAUAAAUUUAUGUGAUUACAUGAUUGUAUGUUUAUAACAGUAUAAAUUUAUUAUAAACAGACGAAAACCAAAAGAUGACAAAAUUACAAAUUUCAACAUUCGGGAAACUCGUCGUCAGGACACAAUACGCACCCAGACGCAUCUUUUAAUUCAUGUUUCUAGAUAGACUUUAUAUAAUAUUCAUCUACGUGCAUUCAAUUGAUGCUCUCUGUGUUGUAUUAAAUUCUCACAUUUCUUGAAAACUUAAAAAAAGACACUGAUUUUCUAAUUUAAGUUUGUAAUUAAAAAAAAUGGUGUGAAUAUUCGAAUUAUUAUAGUAAUAGCGGUGGUCUACUCGGAAUAAUUAUCUGAGCAAUUAAAUCAAGUACAAACUUGGACUUUCUCCGGUCAUUUAUAAGCACACCGCAAAUCGGUUAUUCGCCCAGUUGUGCCGCAUAUUCUAUUAGCGCAUUGUAAUUUGUGAACACAAUUAGUUGUGAAUAAACAGAGUUGACGGAUCGAAUUUAAAAUGAUAAAUGGACUGGCGAUUGAUCUCUUACUUUUCCUUGUAAUAAGUCAAGGGCAUGCUGUUCCACAAACUCACAUUGAAUACAAUCAUUUAUUCGCAAAACCAAUCUGGAGUAAUGCUAAUUUUAUAACAACGAUAAAGAAUUAUUUCAGUCCACGUCCAAUUAUAAACAAUAAUGUACAAUUUAUUCAUCAACCACCUGUUCAAUUGACUCCGCUCAACAUUAAUGUAUUCAGCGGUCAGCCGGAGAUAUGGAAUUCAUUCAGUAGAAAUGGAAAUAAAAACUCUUACCCACUAUUCAACGAAUGUGAUAUUAAUUUUACAUUAACAUGUUCACGAGACCUAUCGUAUCGUACUUACGAUGGAUCAUGUAAUAAUCUAUUAAAUCCAACUUGGGGAAUGGCUCAAACUCGUUAUGCACGACUUUUACCACCAAUUUAUUCCGAUAGUAUUUGGGAACCUGCAAUAUCGACGACCGGAAAGACACUUCCAAGAUCAAGAGUUUUGAGUUACACAUUAUUCCCGCAAUUAACAGUAUCAGAUCCUCAAUGGUCAUUAGCAACGAUGCAAUGGGGUCAAAUAAUCACCCAUGAUAUGGCUCAGUUGGCAACUGCACAAAUGCUGGAUUUACCAUCUCCUCCCUGUUGCGACAAUAACGACCAAGUGCAUCUAGAAAAUAUCAACAAUCCGGAUUGUUUCCCAAUGCUUAUUGGACCUGAUGAUCCAGUAUUUAAUUAUCGAAAAACGCAGUGCUUUGGUAUAUUUUCACGAACGGCUACUGAUCUUCAAUCAAUGAAGAACUGUUCUUUUUUUCAACCUCAAAAGCCUGCAGAUCAAAUUACAAUGGUAACACAUUAUAUGGAUCUUUCUAUUGUCUAUGGAUCUUCUGAAAAAACAGCAAAUAAUUUACGAAGGUUUAAAAAAGGCUUAAUGAAGACUAUAAUCCGAAAUCAACGAGAAUGGUUGCCAUCAGUACCAUAUGCAAAUGUUUCGGCUGAUUGUAAUGCUGAUAGUUUUAAUAAUAUCUGUUAUACGGCAGGUGAUACCAGAGUUAAUCAAAAUCCCCAGCUGACAGUUCUCCAAAUUCUACUCAUAAGAGAGCAUAAUCGAAUUGCAAGAAUUUUAAAAAAGAUCAAUUCCCAUUGGAAUGAUGAAACAAUUUUCCAAGAGUCUAGAAGAAUUGUUAUCGCAGAAUAUCAACAAAUUUCCUAUUAUGAGUGGAUGCCUAUCAUAGUUGGGCCAGAAAAUGCGUAUAAUCACAAGCUAAUUUAUGAAAUUGGUGAGAAUGAAUAUAUCGAUGAUUAUGACGUAAAUGUCAACCCAAGCGUGUUGAACGAACAUUCUAAUGGAGCUUUUCGUGUUUUCCAUUCUCUUAUUGCCGGAUAUCUCAAACUCAUUGCUGAAGAUCGAUCGUCACAAAAAUCUCUAAGACUCAGUGAUUGGUUUCAAAAACCAGGAAUUAUUGAGCAAGCAAAUAACAUGGAUGAUUUAACUAGGGGAUUAGCUGAUCAACCAGAGCAAGCACGUAAUGAGUACUACGAUCAUGAAAUAACUUUAUAUCUUUUCCGAGGACUGUCAAAAUUAGGUUCAGAUCUAAAAGCACUGGACAUUCAUAGAGGUCGUGAUCAUGGUUUACCUACAUACAAUGAUUAUAGAUCAUUUUGUGGUUUAAAACGAGCACAAACUUGGUCUGAUUUUGCUGAUUGGAUUUCUCCUAAAAAUAUUCAAAAGCUUAUACAACUCUAUGAAAGUCCUGAUGAUGUUGAUUUCGUUGUUGGAGGCAGUCUUGAAGAAAAUUCUGAGGAUGCUCUUACCGGUCCUACAUUUUUAUGUGUUAUAAUUGAGCAGUUCUAUCGGACCAGAGUCGGUGAUCGAUAUUGGUUUGAGUCUUCAGAUCCGGUUAUCGCAUUUACAAAAGAACAAUUAUCGGAAAUUCGCAAAACAACGCUUGCCCGGUUCAUGUGUGAUAACAGUGAUGGUAUAAUCUCAAUACAACGACGGGCAUUUGAACGUCUAUCAGAUAAAAAUCCACUUGUGAGUUGUGAUGAACUGCCAUCUAUUGAUUUUUCGUAUUGGAAAGAUUAUGCACCUGAAUUACUUAAUACAAAACAUGCAAGAGUUCUGUACAAAAAAUAAUAAUAUAAUUGUAAAUGUUUAAGUCAACAUCGUCGAAUAUUACCAAUUAUUACUAGUUA